UGCCGGUCGUGGGGCGCGGCCAUUUUCCCCAGGAGCGGAGCCGUGGGGCGCUCCCGCUGGCGACGGCGGCGGCAGCUGCCACAGCGACCCAGCGGCGCAGGCUGACAGGCGGGCACGGCUUCUGCGUCUGGGCGGGCAAGCGGAAGAGGCGCCUGUGGUCGCCGCCGCCGCCGUCCCCGCCGGGAGGAUGUUUUCCUUCUCCACCGUGCAGCCUCAGGCUACUGUUCCUCUGAGUCACCUUAUCAAUGCCUUUCAUUCACCAAAAAGCUCCACUACUGCUGCCAGCACAGCAUCCGUACAGCCUGUCCAGAGGGACGCCUCCCCGGAGCAUGAUCCUCAGAAGAGUGAGUCUGUACUUAAUUUAAGAGAUCUAGGACUGUCUGAUUUGAAAGCUUACCACUUCAAAGAACUGGUGAACAGGUUGCUUCCUGGCUACUGUGCAGAAAACAAGAUCUCUUCACAGUGGCAUACAUCGUACAUCUCUGCUGAGUCCUUCUUUGAAAAUAAGCAUGGCUUUGUGGAUGUCUUCAGUGUUUUACGCUCAUCUUGUUUGUACAGACAGCAUCCUAAUCCCCUCCAAAAUUUCUGUUCAGAUGUUCGGUGUUGGCCAGUUUACAUACAGUCACGGUCCUUUAAGACUUUGAGAUCAAGAGCAAGACGCCUGCAGUCAACAUCUGAACAAUUAACAGAAACCAAAAAUUCACUUUCUUCACUUUUGAAGGUAAAUGGCUUUAUCCUGAGGAAGCGAAGAAUUGAUGUUGAAAACUUAGAUACGCUAAUGAAAACAAAAAACAUCCCAGAGGCACACCAGGAUGCUUUUAAAACUGGUUUUGCAGAAGGCUUUUUGAAAGCACAGGUAUUCCUGCAAAAAACACUCGAUUCCUUAAGAAGAUCACGUUUGCUUUCUUUCUUUCUCUUUGUUCUUUGUUUUUAUCUUGCCAUAUAUUCGUCAUUUUUACCUGGGAAAGGCUCCUUUUCUGAUGCUGUACGCUUUCGAACAUCGAGUAUCUUUGAUGCAGCGGUUGAUCCAAUCCAGUUGAAAAAUGUCACCUUUGAGCAUGUAAAAGGGGUUGAAGAAGCUAAACAGGAAUUACAAGAAGUUGUGGAAUUCCUGAAAAAUCCACAUAAAUUUACUGUACUAGGAGGCAAACUUCCAAAAGGUAUUCUGUUGGUUGGACCACCUGGUACUGGUAAAACUCUUCUCGCACGGGCUGUAGCUGGUGAAGCUGAUGUUCCAUUUUAUUAUGCAUCUGGAUCAGAGUUUGAUGAGAUGUUUGUUGGUGUAGGAGCUAGUCGCAUCCGAAGCCUAUUCAGGGAAGCAAAAGCAAAUGCACCAUGCGUUAUAUUUAUUGAUGAGUUGGACUCUGUUGGUGGCAAGAGAAUUGAAUCUCCAAUGCAUCCCUAUUCAAGACAGACCAUUAAUCAACUUCUUGCUGAAAUGGAUGGGUUUAAACCUAAUGAAGGUGUUGUUAUUAUUGGUGCAACAAACUUCCCUGAAGCAUUAGAUAAUGCUUUAAUACGUCCGGGUCGCUUUGAUAUGCAAGUUACUGUUCCGAAGCCUGAUGUAAGAGGUCGUACAGAAAUUCUGAAGUGGUACCUUAAUAAAAUAAAGUAUGAUCCAUCUGUUGAUCCAGAAAUAAUUGCACGAGGCACAGUAGGAUUUUCUGGAGCAGAGCUUGAGAAUCUUGUAAAUCAAGCUGCCUUAAAGGCAGCUGUUGAUGGAAAAGAUAUGGUUACCAUGAAAGAGCUCGAGUUCUCCAAGGACAAAAUUCUAAUGGGUCCUGAACGUAGAAGUGUAGAAAUUGAUGAGAAAAACAAAACCAUCACCGCUUACCAUGAAUCUGGACAUGCUAUCAUCGCAUAUUAUACUAAGGAUGCAAUGCCCAUCAACAAGGCUACAAUCAUGACACGAGGAACAACACUUGGACAUGUAUCUUUACUGCCAGAAAAUGACAGGUGGAGUGAAACCAGAUCCCAGUUGCUUGCACAGAUGGAUGUCUGUAUGGGAGGAAGAGUAGCAGAAGAGCUCAUAUUUGGAAGUGAUCACAUCACAACAGGUGCUUCCAGUGAUUUUGACAACGCUACUAAAAUUGCAAAACUGAUGGUGACUAGAUUUGGAAUGAGUGAGAAGCUGGGUGUUAUGACCUAUACUGAUACGGGGAAAGUUAGCCCUGAAACUCAGUCUGCAAUUGAACAGGAAGUAAGAACACUUCUACGGGACUCGUAUGAACGAGCAAAGAACAUCCUGAAGACUCAUGCAAAAGAACACAAGAAUUUAGCAGAAGCUUUAUUGAAAUACGAGACUUUGGAUGCCAAAGAAAUCCAAAUUGUUCUAGAGGGAAAAAAACUGGAAGUAAGAUGAUAACUUCUGGGAUACAGCAACUGAUAAUUUGAAGAAUGUACAUCUAGCAAUGCAGUAGUCUUACGCAGCAUAGCCUUCUUUUCCCCUUCCUGAUGUGUGUAUGGCAUUAGUGACACUUUAAUAUUAUUCUGUCUCUUGUGAGCUUCUGUUACUCAUCUAUUUGUUGUGUCUAAUCAGAGUAAGACACACAAAAUAAAGCAAGUUCCUCAUCCUCUGCUCCCUGUACUCUUCCCACAAGAAGUUAUUCAGAAGGAUAAAUCUCAGGGUUGAAUUCAGCAUUUUGGUUUAGUCAAAUGUGUUGAAGCUGUAAAGAAAAACAUGCAGAUAUGCUGGUGUGUUUUGGCAUAGCUUCCUGGGUCAUCCUGCUGCAUGUGCGUUUGAAGUGAUACCCCACAACACGAGCUGUGGAAUGUUUUAUGGAUAGUGACAGAUUGAUUUGUAAAAUAGUAGUACGUAGUCUAACCCACGCUCAUACUCUGAGGCUAGAGAUCACUUUUAAAGAAGACUUCUUACUUAGAAAUGUAACAAAACAUCUCUAAGAAUGAAGCGGCUAUACAGUGCAUCUCUAUUAAAGGGAAUUGUGGGAGCUCCAUGUUAGAGGAAAAAAAACAUCAGUGAUUGUUUUUUCAGUGCUCUUGGGGUUAAAAUACACACGUGUAUGGCUGGGAGAGAAAUUUUAAUGCAAAACCAACAGGCUAAACACGUCUAAGCCUCUUUGGACCACGUUUUGGGCAGAAAUGUGGCAGGGAUAAGAGAAAUACCUGUGACCUCUGAUGUGCUGCUGACAAGAUUUAGAUUAUUUUUUUUUAUUACUGCAGUAGAUGGAUGACAGUGCUUUGACAGUGCUUUUACACUGCUGGAGAUUCUACAGAACUAGUUUCUACUAAUACUAUGUACGGGCGUUUGAUAAUCCGACAGAUAAUUUCUUCAAAGAGGGCAAUAUUGCUCACUAAAUAGUAGUUCAGAAAAUGUUUGAAGCGUGUGUUGUUUCAAAUAACAUUCCCAGUUCUUUUCUACAGUAGAAGUAGGGAAAUAAAACCUUUUCUUUCAGCCCUUAAAGAAACCUCUGGAAAUUCUAAGAUAAUAAGUUUUUGAAAACAAAAGCAGUUUCCAGUCAAAUGGAAGUGAUUGCUAGCAAUUAUAUGCCAGUAUUCUGAUCUCAUGGAACUGGUUUUUAGGAAUAACACAUCUUGAUCAUAAUCUUUCUGCACAAUUAAUUGUAGACUCUUGGGACUAUAAACUUCUGUUGCAGAGAGGGCCUUUAUUAGCAUAUUAAUGUUGAAGGUUACCAUACUUGGACAUUAAAAUAGUUGGGCUGGUGCCAAUAAAUGUGAAUGGAAAGUGGUAGCUACACUUAAAACUAGAAAGUAACAUAGUAUUUUAGAAUUUUCUGAGUGUAAUGCUUGAUUAUUACCUAGUUUUUUUAGUAAAAGCACGUGCAUUUUUUUUCUUUCGAAACCAAGAUAACUUUCUAUUUGCCUAUUUUGUCAGCUUACUAUAGUGACAUCCCAGUGCAGUGUGGGAGACCUUCCAAAUGUUAUAAAACAGUAUACCAAAUGUCUAGGCUGACUAGUUACAGUUGUACAUGUAUUUUAGAAAUAUGCCAACAGAAACAGAAAUAUACUGCAUAUUUGGCAUCUGUUUUGCAGUAAUAAAGGUUAAUUUUAAUUAUGCAUAUUGGUUUUCUUUUUAUUCACUGUAAAUUGUUAUAAAAUGUAAUACCAAGUUCCCUACUAUGUAAAUUGAAGUGUAUAAAACAUUUAAACUUGUAAAUAAAUUUAAGAAUGAUGGCAAAAUUGCACUCUCUCUAAUUAGAUUUCUAGGGAAUGUUCUCCCUAGAAAUUCAAGAGCUUUUUUCAAUUACUGCUUCAGUAGUGGGACUUGGAUGGUAACUUUCCCAGCUAAAUCAUGUGAAUCUGCAUUUAGAAACAAAAGCAAAAAACUUUUUCACUUUUGAAGUCACUAAAAUCUAUAUGGGAUGAUCUGGUUUGGGAGGUCUUAUCUUUCUCAUUCAAAAGCUUCUUGCUGUAUGCAAAGAAGUGAGCACAGUCUCAAAAAAGAGUGGUGUAUCAUUGGGUCAUGAAAGAAGACGGUUAGAGAUCAGCCAUCAAGUGUAAAAGGUAUCUCCGUUUUCUGGCCAAUUUACCAGCAGGGGUGUUAUUGAGGAGUUUACGGUUACACCUAGAUGGUUGUGUGCAUUGCAGUAUCUGUGGGGUUUCAAAGAAACUUGGCUAUUUAGGCAUUGGGUUUGACCUCUGGUGUUCUCAGGUGCACCUAGGAGCUGAAAUUCCUCCUCGCAAAAUCACUGGACAGAGGCAGGAGGCCACAAAGGCAGCUUCCAAAACAUCAGAUGGUGAGAAUAACCUGACUUUUGAGUACGCAGCCUCGUGUUGCUGAAAAUGGGUCAGAGUGAGGUGCUUUGAUGGACUGUUUGUUUUUCAAGUAGCAAUCACAAGCAUGGUGGCACAUAAAAUAAGAACUUCAAACUAGAGCAUGAUUCUGAAUUUCCUGCAUUACCAAGGCUGACUUAUGCCAAAAUUCUGCCAUCGAGCUUAAUACAAAGAAAAUGGAAACUUCUAGUGAAAGGUGUGGUCUGCCUUUUCUGGCUGCCUACUACUGUGUCAUGACCUGAGUCAGCUGAAAUGUCACAACAGUUUUCUAGAGCUUGAUCCCUUAAGCUGGCUGUGAAAAUAGAGUAAUCAAGCCACUGCGGUGUGUCGUUUUCAUCUGUUCAGAAACAUUUCCUAGAAGCAAGUAGAGCUAUUUUUGCUUCUAAAACAUGGCCGGAGAACAGGGUCAGAGGGGUAAGAGUACUCACUAAGCAGGCCACUCACUCAGCUUUCAGCAGAUUUCCAUUCUUUUUCCAGGACCAUGACUCCCCUUUGUUCUCUCUAGUAUUUAUGAAGAUUCCUUCCUUUGGUGUUGGACAAUAUGAGUGCAUUACCUGCUGCUUUGGCAGCUUCACCAGUGCAGAAAUGGCUGUAUCAUUUGCCACAAUAAAAGCACAAAUAUGGACGCUGAAACAUUUAAUCAUAGAAUCAUCGAGGCUGGAAGGGACCUUUAUGAGUCAAACCAUUAACCUAACAUUGCCAAAACCACCACUAAACCAUGUCCCUCAGCACCACAUCUACCCAUCUUUUAAAUACCUCCAGGGAUGGCGAUUCCACCACUUCCCUGGGCAGCCUGUGCCAAUGUUUGAUAACCUUUUCUGUGAAGAAAUUUUUCCUAAUAUCCACCCUAAACCUCCCCUGGCGCAACUUGAGGUCAUUUCCUCUUGCCCUAUUCCUUGUUACAUGGGAGAAAAGACCAACCCCACCUCGCUACACCCUCCUUUCAGGUAGUUGUAGAGAGCCAUAAAGUCUCCCCUCAGCCUCCUUUUCUCCAGGCUAAACAACCCCAGUUCCCUCAGUGGCUCCUCGUAAGACUUUUCUCCAGUCCCUUCACCAGCUUCAUUGCCCUUCUCUGGACACGCUCCAGGACCUUAAUGUCUGUCUUGUAGUGAGGGGCCCAAAACUGGACACAGUAUUCCAGGUGGGGCCUCACCAGUACUGAGUACAGGGGGACGAUCAAUUCCCUAGUCCUGCUGGCCACACUUUCUGAUACAAACCAGGAUGCUAUUGGUCAUCCUGGGCACAUGCUGGCUUAUAUUCAGCCAGCUGUUGACCAACACGCCCAGGUCCUUUUCCUCCGGGCAGCUUUCUGGCCACUGUCCCAAGCCUGUAGGGCUGCAUGGGGUUGUUGUGACCCAAGUGCAGGACCCAGCACUUGGCCUUUUUGGGACCUCAUACCAUUGGGCUCAGCCCAUCGAUCCAGCUUGACCAGGUCCCUCUGUAGAACCUUCCUACCCUCAAGAUCAACGUUCCUGCCCAACAUGGUGUCAUCUGCAAACUUACUGAGGGUGCACUCGAUCCCCUUGUCCAGGUCAUUGAUAAAGGUAUUAAACAGAACCAUCCCCAAUACUGAGCCCUGGGGAACACCACUUGUGACUGGCCGCCAACUGGAUUUAACUCCAUUCACCAUCACUCUGGGCCUGGACAUCCAGCCAGUUUUUUACCCAGCAAAAAAUACACCUGUCCAAGUGAUAAGCAGCCAGUUUCUCCAGGAGAAUGCUGUGGGAAACAGUGUCAAAGGUGUUACUAAACUCCAGGUAGACAACAUCCACGGUCUUUGACUAUCGUUUCAAGAACGGCUUCUCCUUCUAUGAACAAAACUUGCUCUUCAGCUCUGGAGCAUUGAGAGAGACUUUUUCUAUAAACAUUUACCCAUUAUUACAGAGCUACUUUCACAGUAGAAUAUUCGGCCACAUUCGUGAUGAAACAACACACCCAGAUUUGAUUUGAGUAUCUUUCCAGGUAGAAAGGUUCCACAGAAAAAACAGAUUAAGAAGGAAACAUAAUAUUCUUUAGAGAUAGAAAUUUGCAGGAAAGUUUGGGAUACCUUUUGCCAAGAAUUUCAUGUAAGAAAGAAGUCUAAAGCUGUCAUAGGUAGAGGGGUCGGUGGUAGUGCGAUUGGUGGUGUUUGUUUUGUUUUUAUCUCCGCAAAGCAAAACAAGCCUAUUGCUCUAGGACCUAGGGAUAAAAGUAGGUAUGGAAAGCCACAUCAGCUGAAGCGCACUUUUGUUUCUAUGCACAUUAAGUACUCCUCCAAAAAACAGCUUCAUGCUUGAUUUCAUUUUGCUUUUACAAAGGGAUAUAUGACAUGUCUUAAUAAUGACUGUAGUUGUUACUCUUCAGAGCAUCUCACUAAAGGUUUUAUUUUCAUUCACCACUGUAGUAUCUGAGCAACAUAAAGUAGUAUUCAUAUAUUCAUAGUAAAGAUUCAGGUAAACUCCAUUAGGUCUCUGGCACUUUUUUCCCCCCACAAAUUUGAGAGGGUGUGCUCAGAAUCAAAAGCUUUUGAGAAGUUUUGGGGUUUGACUUUAAUUUCCUUUCUUACGGUAAUUUGGUUGUUAACAGCUUUUGGACAGAAAGUUGCCAGCGUUCUUCGAUACUUUUGCUGCAUUCCAGGUUCAGCCAAUAUUGAGUAACUGGUCACACAAUUUCUUUAAGCUGAUGCAGUGGUCAGUGUUUGUAAUAACUUUAAUACAUUCAGUAAACAAGUCACAAAAGAAAAAAGGUUUAACAAAAUGGAAGUGUUAGUCAAGCACACACAAAAAUGAGAAAUGCAAAUCCAUUCUGGGCAUUUUUAUUUAUUCUUCUGUUAUUUUUCUUGACUGGCUUUUCAAAAGCCUUUCCUUUCCUGUUGUAUUUAUUUUCUGUCCUUCGUUUCCUUCAUUUCUUAUAUUACCUAAAGUCACUGCAUUUUAAUCUACAUAUAAUAAAUAUAUAAUAUAUUACAUUUAACUUAGUCA